AUGGACGGGAAGCGCUGGCGUGGCGACGACUCCUGUCCUGGACUGCUUGAUCUUAUUCCGAAUGGCGGAGAUUGGAUCGAGAGGGAGGAUCAGAAGCUUCAGCUCCGGCUUGGCCCUCCUGGAGGAGAAGGCUCCUCUGAGCUCUCUCUAGGGCUUCCUCACAGGGCUGCUUCCGCCAAGCGAGGGUUCUCCCAAACCCUCGGAAUCGAGCCAGUCGGAGGUAGGGAGCGAAGACCUUCUGUCUCUCCACUUGUGCCUCUCUCUUCCUCCACCUUGUGCGCCACCUUCAGCCUCGUCUCCUUCUUCCUCAGGUCGUCUGCUGGAGCAGCAAUCGAAUCGAGGCUUCGCCGGAGAUGGAAUCCCCCCGCCGCCCGCCGCUGCUCCGUUCGUCGGCUGGCCGCCGGUCCGGUCCUUCCGGAGGAAUCUCGCCCCCUGCUCCUCUACAGCAGGCCCUCCACCACAGAACCAGAAGCAAGAAACCAGGAGCAAGGGUAUGUUCGUGAAGAUCAACAUGGAUGGGAUCCCCAUCGGAAGGAAGAUAGACCUCAGCACCCAUGACAGCUACCAGAAGCUCUCCUCGGCCGUUGAUGAGCUCUUCAGAGACCUACUCGCAGGUUACUGCCGCCUCCCUGACUGCUUCUUUGGGCAUAUGAAAUUCGUACACAAACUGCAUCUCAGUAUCGACGGCGAAUGGCGGUCACUGUAGAAUGAUCUUGUGGGUUUUUCUGACCUAUAUACUCUGCAGUCCAAAGACAAGAUCCAGCUUCUGUGAUGGAGGGCGAUGCAGAGGAAGGGCGGUCAAUCCCAGGGUUACUGGACAGAGACGGUGGAUACACGCUGGUGUACGAGGAUAACGAGGGAGACAGGAUGCUGGUCGGCGAUAUUCCAUGGGAGUAAGUCUCUCCCUCUCCAUUUCUCUUUCUCUCUCUAGAUUCCAUUGGAGCUCCAAAUUUCCUGGCGGGCAUGGCUUGUUCUCCCCACAGAAUCUGAGGAACAAAAAAUUCUCUGAUAAUCUCCGAACCAUUGAUACCGAUCACCCUGCCUCUUCGUCAUCCAUUUCAUCUAAUGUGUUUUCUUCUCCCUCCUUGCCGCAGCAUGUUCGUCUCCGCCGUGAAGAGAUUGCGCGUUCUGAAGUCGACCAAUCUCUCCUUGUCAAGGAGGGCCGCCUCCCAUUGAUUGGUUUGCGUGAAGAGAGACCAGUCUUCUUCCUCUGCUCACUCCAUGGCUUCCCUCUUCUCUUCUUCUUCGUUUUCUUCUUCUGCGUCCUCUUCCCGCUAGAGAGAAGAGAGGCGUGGUAAUUGUAGAUGAUCCAGCCGCGGUGAUCAUACUUACAUAAAUCAAACAUAUAGUUCAUCACGCCGUGAAUGCCGCCGAAUCGACCGUACAUAAAUUCUUCAGUGAAAUGGGGAUAUUCCAAUGGACUUUUAUAUGAUAGCCCGCUCAGAUUCAUCCUGGUGGGUGCCUGUCGUUCAGACGACCCCAGCAACUUCCUGUGCGAUAAUUCGAUCCGCUACCUCAAGAGAAUCAGAGAGGGUAAAUUUAAUUUACCUUGGAUCCAAGCUUGAGAGACCAUGAUUGAUCCUAAGAGGCAUCCUAUACCGUACCAUAGCUAUAAAUUUAGUAAUUAAUUUUUUUUGGAGUAAUGUUACAGAUGCUUGAAAAUAUUGUUAUAAUGGCAUAUAAAUGUUAUUUUACAGUCGCCUGUCUAGGCGAACAGCUGAAGAAAAUGAAAAUCAAUAUUUAUACAGUAGAAAUAAAUAUGACAGAAUGCAAAUCGACAUAGCUCACCAAGAUCAACUGGGGCCAUCACAGACAUUGUUCCGGUAUGGUAUUCCAGGUCCCUGAUCCUCCGCAGCUCCUCUUCUGUAAACUUCAUCUUUACAACCCAUCAUUCCGACUACUAAAUCCUGCAGAAUCAUAAUUACGAAUGUGACAGAGAAUUGGAAAGAAUUAUCAACAAACAAAGAUCAAGUUCUGCGAGCCAUGGUAUCGUGAAUCUUGUAAAUUAUCUCGGAACCAGCAAGAGAUGAUUUAAAAUCGUUCCUGGAGAACAAACAAUACCAUUGUAACGAUUACAAAAAGAGUAUCUAGGCUAAAGGGCUGCGAACAUAGCAACAUAGGAUGACUUAUUGAUUGGUCGAUGAAAACCUACGAGCGACGAAAAACAAUGAAAUAAAUGUGAAUAUAAUUGCAUCUACAAUAAUGCGAAUAAAAACACCACCGUUCAUAAAAAAAGGUAUUGACAGUUCAGGAGUGAAACAAUGAACUUCCACCUUACAGUUCUGAACUAUACAAGAUUGGAUACGCAUAAAGGCAUGAUCAGACAAGAAACAGCAUUAAAAAUAGAAGGCUUAGGCACUUUCGACGGAGAACGGUGGAAGAGUUUGGACAUUACGACUAA